UGAGGAAGAAAAUAGCAGUUCCUGUUCAGGCUCAUCAGCGGAAUAUGAAUGCAUCAUGGAUGGUUUGGAAUUUGCUGUUCAUCCUUAUGACAUUGGGUUGUACGUGAACUCACCCACGCCUCUCACAGAUGAUCUGAAGUAUAAUCUUCUUGUGAACACCUUCACACCAGCGCAUGAUUAUAAUUUCAAGGGGGAUUCAACAGGAAUACGCAGUUUCCGUCAUAUAUGGUUAAUCAGAUACUCACCCUGGCUUUGCUACUCAUCCUAUUUGAAAGGACCAUUUUGUAAAUACUGCAUCGUGUUCCCACAGCCUGAUCUUUGUGGGAGACAGGGGGGCUUCAUCAUGGUGCCAUUUGUGAGGUACAAUGAUUUUCACGUCUGUGCAAAAAAACACAUGUCCAGUGCAUGGCACAAGAGUGCCGAAAUCGAUGCAACGAACUUCCUAACCAGCAGGAACGUCUUUGAAACAAACUUUGCUUGCCAGCUUGACAGCAGCAUCAACCGGAUAGUCAAUGAAAAUCGUAAAAAGCUGUACUCGAUCUUGUCAACCAUCGUAUUUUGUGGCACCCACGACAUUCCUUUACACGGGGAGACGAGAAAAACGGGGAACAUGCAAAGUCUCCUGGCGUUUCGCGUUGAAGCGGGAGAUGUGACCCUACGAGAACAUCUAGAAAAUGAGGCUGGCAAUGCUCGGGACGUGUCCUCCCAAAUAGAAAAUGAACUGAUUAAGCUGUGUGUGGAUGCCAUUAGAGAAGAAAUAGUUUCUGCUGCCAAUGGCUCCGCUGGUUUUUCGGUUCUUGUGGGCGAAAGCGCCGAGAUCUCUGGGGAGGACCACUUGUCACUUGGCAUACGUUUUGUGGACAUGACUGGUGCUAAACCACAAGUUCGAGAGGAAUUCCUUGGUUUCGCGGCACUGAAGGGAGCUACCUGCACUGCCGAAAUCAUCAUUGAGGAGUGCACCAAGUAUGGUUUAAAUCUAGAAAAAUUAUGCGGCCAAGGGUAUGACGGAUGUUCUAAAUUGGCCGGGAAAGAGGGCGGUGUGCAAGCUAAAAUAAAGAGUAGGUUCCCCAAAGCUAUUUUUGUUCACUGCGCAGCGCACACACUCAAUCUGGUUGUGAAUGAAUUAAAUGCUGUACCUGAGAUAAGGAAUGCCAUUGGCUCAAUCAAAGCUAUCCUUCAUUUUUUCCAUGGGAAUUCGAGUAGAAGGAACCUUAUUCCAGCUGUUCCGUUGCUGGGUGAACCACUUUGGGCUGCAAAAUACAAGCAUGUCAGAUAUUUUUCUGAGAAUUUUGUACAGAUCUUUGAUGGGUUAAGAAACCUGGCCACUACAGCUUCAGGUCAAACCUGCCAGGAUGCCUACCAGUUGUACUGUGCUUCGGGAACACCUAAUUUCCUCUUUUGCCUUGUUAUCAUGUCGAACUAUUGCAGCGAAUUAGAGCCAGUGGCCCAAGCUCUGCAGACUGGUCAGCUUGAUAUGAUGAAAGUGUACGAACACAUCCAGGAGCUCUUAAGUGUCUUUCGUGGCCACAGAGAAAAAGCAGGGGAGCACUUCAAGGGAAUUCUUUUGGAAGUGCAAGAACUAGCAGACAAAUUGGGCGUUGACUUGCAGGUGCCCAAACAGAGCGAUUUGCCAAAGAACUCAAAUGCCAGUGUGCCAACCAAGGAAGAAUAUUUCCGCCAGUCGCUCUAUAUACCCUACUUGAACUCGGUAAUCUCAUGGCUGGAAAGCCGGUUUGCUCCAGAAAGCAAGGCGGUUUUUGGAAUCUUUUCGCUUCACCCCAAAGAAAUGGCCAAAGCUGGCCUCGAGACCUUGAAAACAGAGAUGGACAAAAUCGGUGAAUUAUAUGAAAUUGAAAAUUUGGAAACUGAAACGGUCACCUGGUUUGAAAAGUGGUUGGGGAAAACGGAAGAAAGGGUUGAAAAUGGGGAGAGCGGACUUCUGGAUUUGCUGCCAUACGUCGACCAAUAUCCUUCGAUUGAACAAGCCAUUUUGAUUGCUCUCACGUUACCACUAACCACCUGCACAAUGGAAAAAUCAUUCAGUACAAUGAGGAGGAUAGAAACGUGGUCGAAGUCAACAGUGGCAGAUCAACGUACGUUUGGACUUUGCAUGAUGAGUGCUCAUCGGGUAAAAAUCAAUGACAAUAAGGACGUAUUACUCCAAAAAGUGAUUGACAGAUUUGGAGAAGAUAACAGACGUUUACAAUUUCUCUUUGAAAAAUAACUGGUUUGACUUAUUUUUUUAAUUAUUUUUAUAAAGAACUUGUAACACUGCAAAAAAAAAAAAAGAACGAGUAAGGAGGAAUACAAAGCAUAAAAAGACUAAAAUGGUAGAAUUACAGAUGGAAAUUCAACAAAUCCAGAGUAUAUUAAAGAUGAAUUAUGUUCCGGUAUAUAAUUAGAGACUUAUGAUAUAAAAUACAUCAUCCAUUUUCUAAGCAUUUAAUGUUUGUAUUGAGGUGUAAACUGAAAAUGCUUGAUUAGUACAGUGUACAUCGUUAGGAAAAACUAUAAACAUUAAGUCCAAAGUUUUCCAUCAAAUAUUAGCAUAUAAAAUGUCUAUAUAAGAAAACCUGAAGUUUCCAAUAAUGUCUACUCAUAAAUUUUCUAAUUUGGGAAUGGAAGUGUUGAUUUAGUGGUAAUUCUAAUUAUGCUGGAUCGAUGCUGGUCUAUAAACAUAACACAUUUUAUUGGAUUGUACUUUUAUGUUCUUAUGUUCUUUUUAAAGUACUAUUGAAAUAAUGUGGUGAAAUUAUAUCCAUGUUUACUGAGAAAUAAGAUCUAUUGAAUUCAAUAGGAUUUAUUUCCAAGUGAUUACAGUAGCUAUCUAAAGGAUUGGACUCUGUCAUGACUUAGUUUGAAUUUUUCCAGUGAGUCUGCUCUAAGGAGAAUGAACUUUGGAUGCAUUUUUAUCGACUGAUAUAAUGUCUGUUUUGCCCUCCCAGAAAAAAAAAAGCAUAUUUUAACUAAAAUAACUGUUAAGAGUAGUGGUCAGUACCUGCUGUACCAUUUGAAAUUGUGUUGUGUCUGUGUCCAUAAGGAUUGUGGUUGACAUUGUUCAAGAUUCUUUUUGAGUACUGGGA